GUGCUGGUAUUACAGGCAUGAGCCACUGCACCUGGCCAAAAAUAUUUUAUUUAUAUUUGUCAGCAACCAGCAAAGGUGUAAUAUUUUAAAAGAUAACAUUUAUAAUAGCAUCAGGAAUAUAAAGUAUCCAAGAAUUAAUCUAACAAAAGGUGUACAAGACCUUUAGAUGGAAAAAAUUAUAAAAGGAAAGAUGGUGCAUAGAUCCAACCCUAAAGUUCGUGUUUGUGGUUGCUUAAGGCAAAGAACCUCUGACUUCAGUAAGGUGAUGUCUGAGUCUUAGGAAAACCUCCGUCAGCCUGUCCUGCCAUAGUGUGCCCCAUGCAGGGUGAGCAGGGACAGUUUGGGCAACACCUCCACUGGCUGAUCAGCUUCGGCGUUUCAGAUGUGGUGGUUUUCCCCUUGAAAGCUCCUCCUCAUUUCUGAAGUAGCUUUAUGUGGAUAGGGCAGCAGGUGUUACAGUCUACCUCUUCCUGGCCUGCAAAAUCAGAUCAUCCUCAGAGGAACAAGGUACAUGCCAGCCCUAGAGGAAUUUAAUUUUCCAAGUGACUGUAAACUAGAAGACACAUCAUCAUAUCUUGGAAAUCUUGCAUAGAACUUCUGCUUGCUGACUGCACCUGUAGGAGGCAAGAAAACACAGGAGGGCGUUUUGCCGCCGCUGCCAAACCAGUCCUGGGCGCUCUUGUGUCCAGCUAUGUACUCACCUGAUGGAGAGCUUAAACUCCCUUUGAGUGCCCUUUGAAUUUGAUACCACAGAGACUGAAAUUCUCUGGGAGCAUGGCUGGUUGGAGAUGAGAAGUUUUUUCACAGAAGCACCUGGUCACCUCACCUCUGGCACAGGCCACAGAGGACAGUGGGACUGAGUGAGUUUUAGAUUACUGAUGUGCAUAGAAGCAGAAGCCACCUGCCACAACCUGGAUUACUGCCGCUGGCAUCAGAGCAGACAACCUCAAAUGUGACCACACUACAGCCUGUACACAAGACAGUUUAUCUUGUCCAUGGGAAUGUGAAACCAAGGGAGAGAAUCAAAAUACAGACUUGAGUCCGAAGCCAUUAAUUUCAGAGGAAACAGUGAUUCUGGGGAAAACACCCUUGGGGAGGAUUGAUCAAGAAAAUAAUGAAACAAAGCGAAGCUUCUUUCUGAGUCCAAGCUCUGUUGACCACCGUGAAGUUCAGGGCUUAAGCCAAAGCGUGCCACUCACUCCACAGCAGGCAGUGCCUAGUGGAGAGAGGCCCUACAUGUGUGUUGAGUGUGGGAAGUGCUUUGGCCGGAGUUCUCACCUCCUUCAGCAUCAACGUAUCCACACUGGAGAGAAGCCCUAUGUGUGCAAUGUGUGUGGGAAGGCCUUCAGCCAGAGCUCAGUCCUUAGUAAACACAGGAGAAUUCACACAGGUGAGAAGCCCUAUGAGUGUAAUGAGUGUGGAAAAGCCUUUAGAGUGAGCUCAGAUCUUGCUCAGCAUCACAAGAUACAUACGGGAGAGAAGCCUCACGAAUGUCUUGAGUGUCGGAAAGCCUUCACUCAGCUCUCACAUCUCAUUCAGCACCAGCGGAUCCAUACGGGAGAAAGGCCGUACGUGUGUCCAUUGUGUGGGAAAGCCUUCAACCAUAGCACUGUCCUGCGGAGCCACCAGAGGGUACACACUGGGGAGAAGCCUCACAGGUGCAAUGAGUGUGGGAAAACCUUCAGUGUGAAGAGGACACUGCUGCAGCACCAAAGGAUCCACACCGGGGAGAAGCCCUACACGUGCAGCGAGUGUGGGAAGGCCUUCAGCGACCGCUCAGUCCUCAUUCAGCACCACAACGUGCACACCGGGGAGAAGCCCUAUGAGUGCAGUGAGUGUGGGAAGACCUUCAGCCACCGGUCCACCCUGAUGAAUCACGAGCGGAUCCACACCGAGGAAAAGCCCUAUGCAUGCUACGAAUGCGGGAAGGCCUUCGUUCAGCACUCACACCUGAUCCAGCACCAGAGAGUCCACACUGGGGAGAAACCCUAUGUGUGUGGUGAAUGUGGGCACGCCUUCAGUGCACGCCGGUCUCUGAUUCAGCAUGAGAGAAUCCACACGGGUGAAAAGCCCUUCCAGUGCACAGAAUGUGGCAAAGCCUUCAGCCUAAAAGCAACUCUGAUUGUGCACCUGAGGACUCACACGGGCGAGAAGCCCUAUGAGUGCAAUAGCUGUGGGAAGGCCUUCAGCCAGUACUCAGUGCUCAUCCAGCACCAGCGAAUCCACACAGGCGAGAAGCCCUAUGAGUGCGGGGAGUGUGGGCGUGCCUUCAACCAGCACGGCCACCUAAUCCAGCACCAGAAAGUGCACAGAAAGUUGUGACCCAUGGCUGACACAAGAAUCCAUUCUCACAGAAACGGCACGUGGAACCACAAGCAGCCUUCAGCCCAAGAGAAGUUUCUGUUAACUCUAUAGGAAGCCUUUCUUUGGUGAUUCAGUGUCACAAAAUAACUCAAAAAAGAAGCACUUAGCAUGCUGUUCCUGUGGAAAAACUUCAGAGACUGCCUGUUUUAUUUUCCUCAACAUCUUGAAGUUAUAUUGGAGAGUAAUCAUAAAAUUGUAGUGAAUUUUGGUAAAAACAGCCAUAAUUUUUUCUUUGACAUUAGUUUAUUUGAACUAAGGGAAUUUAAGGCAUAAGAACUAUUAUCCCAAUAAAAUCUUACAUUCCAAAUAAAGUUCUUUUUCUAAGAACAUUACAUGCCCUUCCUAAAUGUCAAUUAACCAUACUAAUUAUUGCACUUAAAAUUUGAAAGUUGGACUAUUUUCAGUAUUCUCUUAAAACACUAGUGUUAUAUGGAUAAAGUGAUAUAAAAAGAUAUUUUCAUCAAGUAUCAUGUGAAAUGGAUGGAAAGCCUAAGUGUGUAGAAACACCUGUUUUGUAUGAAAUAAGGAAAAAGUCUAAAGAUAUAUUAAUGAGAAAUUACAUAAAUUUAGAAAAUUUUUU